AUGGAAAUCAUUCCUGAAGGUAGACACUUUCGUUUGGUGCAUGAAUCAGAGCUUCCAGAAAUUUUGGUAACUUUAGAGCGCUAUCUGCCGGAAUCAUUAAAGUUUCAUCAAACCAUUAAAACGUACCUGAAUGAUCGUAUUUGGGACUUUAAGUUUUAUGUUGCUAAAGAUUGGCCCGAAAAGCCGAUAAUAUUACAUUUUCCAGGAUGCACGCUAACGCCGCACAACAAUAUAUACCAAACUUUUGGCAUAUUUUGUCCAUCCGCACAAAUCGAGCACGUCGAUCUGAUGCGCACCGAAGAUGUACUUAUAGAUUGGCGAAAGCCAUUGUACCUGAACUUUACGCACAUCGCAAUUAUGAAUCGCCUGGAUGAGUUCUAUUCGAAGAUGGGUGUGAUGGAGCGACUGAGCGGUGAUAUCUAUGUGUGCAACAAGCUGAACACGGACCUGGAGCUGGAGCCGCUGCCCGACGAUGCGGAAAUGCGCUUGCUAACAUUGGAGAACGUUCAGGGCAUACACGAUCUAUAUCCGGCCAAUGAAAUCGAAAGCGUCAAGCUCUUUGAUAUACUCGUGCGUGUGCUGCCCGGACUGGGCAUCUAUCGCAAGGACACGAACGAGCUGGCGGCAUGGAUGGUACACUCAUAUUACGGCGCUAUGUUUUCUAUGCAAACACGUCCAGAUUACCGACGCAUGGGUUAUGGCAUUCGCUUGGCCAAGUCAUUGACUCAGCUGGUGAUCGAGCGCGGCUAUACUCCGUUCGUUGUCAUACGUCCACAGAACGAUGCGUCCAGGAAUCUAUACACCAAGCUGGGCUAUGUCAAGGCCUACGAGACAUGCCGUGUGCGUAUGACACCCGAUUGCUAUAAGGACAGCACCGUGGGCACCAUCGCGAACACCUCGUUUGCCAAGUUUCCGCCAUUACCUCAGGACGGCGAUGAGUUGUGCGUUGUGCUACCUGUGCGCAAGCAUAUACCCGGCGAGAGCCAGGCGGUGGACGACGAGGGUAUCGAGGAUAUGUUGGCUGAAAAAUGUGAUAUCAGCAACGAAGAGGCUAGAGAGCGUAAGACAACAACUGACGAGGGCAUUGGAGAGGAUAAGUAGACAGAAAGAGAGAGAGACAGACAAAGAGAGAUAUAGAGAGAGAGAGAGGGAAAUGGAGGACGAUGUAGCUCCAAGAGCUGGCAUAAGAGAGAAAGACAGAGUUACAUUAGAGAGAGCUACAGAUUGAUUGGUUUUGAAUGAUAUAUGUAUAUGUAUAUGCAUGUCCAUGUCAAGCUGUAAGCAACUAGAGCUACACAACAGCUGCAAAUGUCGAUUGUACGUAUAUAUAUUCAUAUAAAAAUAUAGCAAGUGGCACAAGUGGCAUU